AUGUUGACUACCGGUAUAUUAAUUAUUAUAUUUUUCAGUACAAUUUAUGUGUUAUUACGCUAUUCAACUGAAAAGAAAAGAUUUCCCGGUCCAAAACCGAAACGAUUUGUCCCGAAUUUUCUCUUUUUCUCCAUUCUUAAACUACGCGAUGAAACCCGUCGAAAAAACCUGUUGAAACGUUUCUUCCCCGAAUCGUUUCACUACGUUGAACUAACUGUUCCAUUAGCAUCCCAAUAUUACACAUCUAAAUAUGGCGAUAUUGUUCAAAUCAAUCUUUUCAAUCAACCGACAAUAAUCAUAUCCAAUGCUGAUUUCGCUGAUUAUAUCUUGCGGCGAAAUGGAAAAAACUAUACAUUAAGAUUUGGAAAUCAAUUAGGUUUAGCAUAUUUAGGAAUGGAACAUCGAGGAAUUAUUUGGAAUCGAAAUGUUCAACGAUGGAAAUACCAACGUGCGAAUUUCUUUCAAAAAUCUUUAAAUAGUAAAAUAUUAGAUGAUGCGAAAUAUAUUUCCAAUGAUGCUGUUGAUUACGUGUUAAAACAUUUGAAUCAAUUUGAGAUUCAAGCGAAUGUUGUUGAUACAAUGGAUCUUUUACGUGCAAUGACAUUUACAAUAACAUGUCAUUUGUUUCUUGAUUUACCUGUUGGAUCAAUUCCAAUUGAGAAAACAAAACAUUAUGUCAAUUCGAUUGUUCAAUAUUUUAAAGCCUGGGAAUAUUUUCUAUUGAAACCGACGGAAUUCUAUAAACAUCAUUUAACGGCAAAACAUGAACAGUCGGUGAAAAACUUGAAUGAAGUGGUCAAAGAAAUCAUUUUGCAAAGAGAUCCAAGUCAAAAUUGUUUAUUUAUCAAUUCAUUAUUUCAAGCUCUCAAGGAAAAUCAAAUCACAAAACAGGAGAUGAAUCAAUGUGUUCUGGAAAUGCUUAUCGCGGGAACAGAUACAUCAUCGGUUACAAUGUUUUACUUUCUUCUCGCACUUUCGGAUCGAGAAGAUUUAGAGAAGAAUUUAUUAAAAGAAUUAAAACAAGACUCUCAUACAAUUCUCAUCAAUGGUCUAAAAGAAUCUAUGCGAUUUAAACCUGUUGGUCCUGUUAUUAUGAGAUGUGCGAUCCAAGACGAUAUUUAUAACGACAUUCCCAUUGAAAAAGCCGGAUGA